AUGUACCAGUUCGAGUCCGACGUGCCCAACGUCCCGGACCACACGUUGGCGCACAAGCAGUUCCUCAUGCAGCACGUGGGCGCGGCGCAGCGCCAGGCGUUAGCCGCCGAGAUCCUAGCCGCCGUCAAGACCCACCAAAUGGCGCCGUACUACCAGCACUUGGCCGCGGAAAUGCCGGCGGACUUCCCGCUCGACGACGCGCUCUACCGCGAACUCGCGGCGCACAACGCGGCGCGCAUCGCCGAGCUAGAGCUGACGAUCCAGCAGGCGCAGGCCGACGACGAGUCGGAGAUCGACGUGGUGGCCGAGACGGGCAAGCUCGCGCAGUACUGCGCCACGAUCCUCGACCGCAAGCGUGCGGCGCAGACGCACGAGGCGUUGCUCGCGUUGACGCCCGGCACGGGGCCCAAGAUCGACGUGUUGUUGACCAUGGCCCGCAUGGACUUCUUCUUCCACGACUUGCGCGGCGUGGCGCGCCACCUCGCGGAGGCGCAGGCGUGGAUCGACAAGGGCGGCGACUGGGAGCGCCGCAACCGCUACAAGACGUACCAGGGCGUGUACCACUUGGCCACGCGCAACUUUGCCGAGGCCGCCGCGUUGCUUCUCGACAGCUUGGCCACGUUCACGUCCACGGAGUUGUGCUCGUACGAGGAGGUGGCGCAGUACGCGGUGGUGGCGGGCUUGCUCACGUUGGGCCGUGUGGACGUCAAGCUGAAGAUCGUGGACUCGCCGGAGAUCUUGGCCAUCCGCUCCAGCGCGCCCGGCUUGGAGCCCUUGGUGUGCUUGACCAACACCUUGUACACGUGCCAGUACGGCGCCUUCUUGCAGCACUUGUUGGCCACGCACGACCGCGUGCUCGCCACCAACAGGUACCUCUGUGCGCACGCGGGCUUCUUCAUGCGCGAGAUGCGCUGCAAGGCCUACGCGCAGAUGUUGGACAGCUACAAGUCCUUGUCCUUGCCCUCGAUGGCGCGCAGGUUCGGCGUCAGCGAGCUGUUCUUGGACGCGGACUUGUGCCGCUUCAUCCCGUCCGGCAAGUUGAACUGCACCAUCGACAGGGUCAACGGCAUCAUCGAGACCAACCGGCCCGACAACAAGAACAGCCAGUUCCACCAGUUGAUCAAGCUGGGCGACGGCUUGUUGACCAAGUUGCAGAAGUACGGCGCUGCCGUCAAGUUGAGCGGCGCAGAGAGGGUCUAG